UGCAGUGUUGAGAUACACCAAGUGAGUAGAUUGUUCUAUGACAAUUACCAAAGGUGGCCAUGUCUUUAACGCAAACAUGGUUUUAUCCUUAAGUGCGCGGAAUAAUAUUCUCCCCAAGGAAGUGGACGAGACACAGACCGCCCAUUGAACCAUGAUGCCGCUUGAGCGUGCAGUUUUGCUCUGAUCGAAAAGGGUAGCGGACUGGAAUACGAGAUUUUCAGCCAUGCGGACGAUCGAUUCAACUUGGUAUCACACAGCGAGACCUUGGAAUUCUUGUGUUGGUCGUCCUUGCAUGCAGAAUUAAUACACCUUUCUCUGCUGUGUGGACGUUGUAUAGCGAAAGCACACUAUAACCAUACAGCAAGUUGCUCUAUGCUAUGACCUAUUGCAAACUGGAUUUUUUGUCAAGAGAUUAAAAAUGGCACCGCAGUUGCAAGAUAUCUUCGUUGCCAAAGUGUUGUUGGUGUUGAUGAUGUGCCUGAGUUUCCAUGGAAGAGUGGUGGUUUCAGGUGGAGCACCGUCGCACUCAGACAAAUCACGUCUUUUGGUGGAAUUGUUAAGAAGCUACGACAAGCGGAUGUAUCCAGAAUCACCCGUUAACGUAACAUACAGCAUGUCCCUCCAGCGACUAGAGAGACUGGACGAGACGACAAACCUUCUUUACAUAAGUGCACUAGAGGUGACUGAGUGGUCUGAUAGCCGUCUAGUCUGGGACCCCGCCUCCUUCAACGGAGUUCCACAUAUCCCACUGAGCCCUGACCAUGUAUGGACGCCCAACGUCAAGCCCGAUUUAAAAAUAUUGGAUGAUGAAACCGUCCAGAUUGGCACAAUGAGCGAUGGCAAAGUUCACCAAACCAAGCUGCUACGCCUGGCACUGUCGUGUACACCCGAUUUGGCCAAUUAUCCCUACGAUUCACCGUCGUGUAAGUUCAAAGUUGAAGACUUAGGCUACAGUACGGAGGAUAUCAACUUGUACAUUUCGGAAAUCAGAUCGGGUGCCGAUUUGAACGCCUAUGAGAUGAACGCGCUCUGGCGGACAAAUUCGUUCAAUGCCGUUAGGAAAGAGAUUAAAUAUGCUUGCUGUGAAGAGGUGUACGAGACUAUCAACUACAGCAUCAACCUCUCGCGCAAACCAAAUGGGUUUGCUGUGCGAGUGCUGGCACCAGCAGUCCUGACGUCACUAUUGGUCUUGUUCUGUUUUCUGAUACCGCCCUCUUGUGGAGAGAGAUCGGUAGUCUGCUCAGUACUGCUCGUCGCUACCAUUAUUCAGAUGGUUUCUUUCAACCUAUCUGUGCCCAUGGUGGGCGGAGGCACCCCUUUCUUGGGUGUGUUCUUCUGCUUCAGCGUCUUCAUGGCAUUCUUUGCAACUGUCGUGAGUGUGGCUUCUCUUAAUCUAGCCCGUGGGUUUGGUGUCGACGCUAAAGACGGCGGGGUGCGGACUGUCGACUCAUCGAAGACGACCAUGCUGAAAAUCGCAAGGUUUAUCGACGUGAUGUGUUUCGUUGUCUUCAUCUUGGUAUUUGCCAUCGCAGGAGGCACCAUUCUUAAUAACCACCCAACCCCCAAGUAGACAACACAACACUCUAAAGAGUUGAAUCCAACACUUGCACGAGUUCGGUGAGCGACUACACUUUGAAUGUGUUGAAACCAGCAUUGUAUACGUUAAAUCCAGCAUUUGAAAGUAUUCAGUCAACAAUUUAAGUUACAGUUUCUACGUUUAAAAAGCUGAUCCAACAAUCCCAAGGAAUAUUUUUGAGAAAUGUUGAAAUAACACUUUAACUGUUGAAUUAACCCUUUUUACGUUGGAUCACAAACUUAAAAUGCUAGAUUUAACGAACAAAACGCUGGAUUCAACACAUUCAAAAGUGUAGUCACUUACCGAACUCAUGCUAGUGUUGGAUGCAACUCUUUAGUUUUUAGAGUGAAGACAGUCGACACCACGAAACAAAAAGAGAGAGGACCACGCAGCAUGAGCUUAAGGGACCACAUCACAUCAGACAAUACAUUUUAGAGGCAGCAUUCUCAAGGAUUAUUUCUGAAGAACAGUUCUGAAGCUACCAUUCCCUCUUCUUCUUCAAAUCGCGUGAAGCAGGUUGAUUGUAAACUGCACAAUUAAAUUUGUUUGAACGAAAUUUACUUUGCCACAAUUACUGAUGCUUACCCUAUUGUAUUACGUGAGAUCAAUCACGUUCCCAACUACAUUAUUCUCUCCUGAAGACGAGCAGAGUAUCAUGUUCGAAACCACAUCGUCUCUUUUCAGAGCCAACACUCCCUCAAAAGAGAUUUUACAAAUGGUUGUACCCGCAAGUUUACUAUAAGUAUUUAUAGUUACUUCUUACAUUAUUCGGGCUCGUUCAGGGAUGGUCUCUAAAAGUUCGUUUGCACCUCAAUGUAUGUGUUGUUUAUUUAGUUGUCCAACCUCUACGACGUAAACUGGCUCCCUUCAAUUCGAUGUCCAGUCAUUAUAUAAUGUAGACAUGUCGUGGAACUGGAAGUGCCCCCCUCUCUCGCUCCAAAUUAAAAUCGUCCCGGUCAGAGUAGGUCAGAUAGCUCCAUGGUCAGUUCAGGUAGAGGUAGAAUUUUAAGUCGCGCGUUCGAAUUUGUACUUGCUGAUUUGCCCUUAAAACAGUGUAGCCGUUUCGUUUUGGAAACGGUAAACCUGCAACUGUUUUAAGUUUCUUUAAGAAAACCAGUGUCCACAAUUGGACUUUGCCUUUGGGUUUUUGUAAACUGAAUAACACUUGCUUGAAACUACACCCUCACCAGGCGGCGAAUAAAGUAAUAGGAAAUAGUUGUCUAAUGUUAAAAUUUCGCAAAAACAAUAAUCCCGCUUUUUACAAAAUAACAACAUUAUUGCAGUUUUACUGACCCUUGCUCUAUGGUUUGUCAAAACACCAAGAAGGCUUU